AUGGUGCGCUUCACCUCGCUGGUGCUCGCGGCCUUUGCAGCCGCUCUUCACGUCGCCGUCGGGUUCAGGUCGGAGCAUCAUCCGGUCUGGUGGCAUGAGCACCCAACGAGCUCGGCCGAGGAGCUUCAGGAGCUGCUGACGACCAGCUUGGCGGCGUCCGCAGCCACAGCUGAGGGCCGCAAGGAAGAGCCCGGCGAUGCCGAGGCACAGGAGCGGACGCUCAGGGAGCGGGUUGCCCGCGUCAGGGAGGACUGGCAGAGCACCAGCGCCAACGUUUGCCAUCAGCAGCUCGGGCGGUUGGUGAACAACCUCACUCUUACAUGCGAAGGCUUGCAGCCGCAAGCCGACUGGCUUCUCGACUACCUUCCGGACUCCUACAUCCUCCCGAACAAGACCUGCGUGGAGAGCGUCGGAGAUAUGUUCGCAUUGGGGAACGAACUCGUGGAGACGCUUCGCGUUUCUAGAGAUGCUGUAGCCUCCCUCAAGGUGGACCACAAGACCCUCCGUCGGUAUCAAGCGCUCUCCUUUCUUAGGAGCUGGCUGGUGAACUUGACCGAGACACGUCAUCAUGCAUUGCUUUGGGCCGGCUUCUGGGAUGGGGAUUCCGAGAACCGCACGACCAUGACGAAGCUUUCCAAGUUUGCCAAGGCCAUAGAGCAUGCGACCGUCCACCCGGACAGCUUCUUGGGCCAAGCUAUCGAGGCGAGCGAGAACCUCGACGCCUGCUACAAGGACCCCCAGACCAAUGCGCUUGCAGCCAACAUGUGGUCAAUUGCCAGCAUGAGCUUCGUUCUCGGGAUGCGUGAAAGGGCACAGGGAACGGUCAUCGCAUUGGUCAACAAGCAGAUCACGGGCGAGCGUAACUUGUCAGAGUCCGUGCUGUCCACCCAUGAAAUCCCAACUGUGGGGCUCGCAGCCUGGGGCCUCGGGUUCUGGUCUCCGAAAGUGAUCGUCGUGGACCUCAUGGGCACGUGUGACCAGACGAGCCCGGCGCUGCAGAAGCGGCUCCUCGCCCGCCUGCCCUCUUGGGCCAAGUCCAUGACGAACUGGAGCCCAGAAGCCUUCGCGAUGAGGUCGCGGCUCCGGUGGCGCUGCAUCGACUGCUCGGGCGCUUGCAGCCUGGACGAGGCCUUGGCAGAGCACAUGGAGAAGCUGGUGAAGGCCAAAGCGGAGCAGGACCUGAGGGACCACGAGCUACACGAGGUCACAGGCUGUCACCUCGCGGACCCCGCUGAGAACAGUCUCCUCACGGAGGUUUCGUUGCUUGAGCAUCUGAAGCAUUCGCUGUGGAAGCGUCGAGACGCCCUCAAGAUGUUGGAGGGGCUAAAGUGGCGUGAAGAUUUGCUGGAGGACCUGCAAUACCGACUCUCAAAGGCGGAGCUUGUAAAUCAGGAGCUCGAGACCCCGGAGAGGCAGCUGCAGGUGGAGCAGCUCCUCCGCCGGAAUGCCGAUCCGAAGGCUCUGGACCGACUCGGUCACACAGCCCUUUCGUGCGCUGCAGCCGUAGGACACCUGGAGCUGAUUCAGCCCUUGCUGGAUGCCGGAAGGAUCGGCGCCACAGCCCUCACAAGCGCCGCGGAAGAGGGCCUGGCAUUGGUGACCGGGGCUCAGCUGGAGGCCCGUGAUGAGCAUGGCGACACGGCCCUCCUUGUCGCUGCAAGUUAUGACCAGCUGAAAGUGGUCGAGGCGUUGGUAGAGGCCGGCGCCCAGCUGGAUGCCUGCAAUGUGGAUGGCAGAACAGCCCUCAUAGCUGCUUCAAGUCUUGGCCACUUGAAGGUGGUCGAGGUCUUGGUGAAGGCUGGAGCACAGCUGGAGGCUCGCGAUGAGUUUGGCUUCACAGCCCUGAUAAGUGCUGCGCAAGCGGGCGAUCUGAAAGUGGUCGAGGUCUUGGUGAAGGCUGGAGCCCAGCUGGAGGCCCGCGAUGAGCACGGCGGCACGGCCCUCAUGUUCGCUGCAAACAGCGGCUUCCAGGGAGUGGUCGAGGUCUUGGUGAAGGCUGGGGCCCAGCUGGAGACCCGCGAUGAGCAUCGCCAAAUGGCCCUAACUGUCGCGGCAAAGGAGGGCUACCAGGGAGUGGUCGGGGUCUUGGUGAAGGGUGGAGCCCAGCUGGAGGCCCGUGAUGAAUUUGGCAGAACACCCCUCACGUGUGCUGCGGAAGCGGGCCACCUGAAAGUGGUCGAGGUCUUGGUGAAGGCUGGGGCCCAGCUGGAGGCCCGUGAUGAGCGUGGCGGCACGGCCCUCAUAAGGGCUGCAUACAACGGCCAGUUGGAAGUUGUCAAAGCCUUGCUAAAGGCCGGCGCUCAGCUGGAGGCCCGCAAUAAGUAUCGCCACACGGCCCUGAUUGUCGCUGCGUAUCGCGGCUACCAGGAAGUGGUCGAGGUGUUGGUGAAGGCUGGAGCCCAGCUGGAGACCGGUGCCCUUAGAAUCGCUUUACAUGAGGGUCACCGGAAAGUGGUUGAGGUGUUGGUGCAGGCCGGCGCCCAGCUGGAUGACGGCAAUGUGGAUGGCGAAGCAGCCCUCAAGCCGUAG